AUGAGCAGUUUCGAGUGGAAACAAGAACAUGAUGACCUGCUGGAAGAGGUCGCAUCGACAGAUGUUGUUGAUAUCUCCAAAUGGACAUUGCUGCGAGAUAUCAUCAAGUACAAAAUCGACAAGAAUGUGUCACUCUUUCUGUCGGGCGAGAUCAAGAGGGAGUACGAGAAGACCACGGUUAUAGCUGCACCGUGCCCUGGUGGUCUCAAACUUCCGCCCUUUCCCCCUCGUUUGCGUGACACUGCAGGUCCGAACGAAAUCCCCAAAAAUGCAUUGAAUGAGAAGGAGGCUGCGGAAUACAGGGAUGCAAUUUUCACGCAACUAGACGACUUUGACCAAAGUCCACCGUUCACAAUUCAACGCGUCUGCGAAUUGUGCAUACGCCCCACCGAACACUACAAGCAACUGGGCAAGUAUCUCCGUGCAGUAGAAAGAUCUAUUCUUGUCACUUCGACAUGGGACGCAUUUCCUGUUCCUACUGAAGCGUCGAGUAGCCGUGCAGGCGUGAGCCAAAUGCCUAUCGGGAUCAACCCCCUUUCAAUACCUGCGACACCUAUCUUCUCGCCUAUCCCUUUCCUGCACGAAGACGCGCGACGAUCCAGCUCACGAAGUCCUCCACCAAGCCCGCUCGUCCUGCCCGCCAUGAGUGCAGGAGGUGCAGCAGUCAUGCCCAUUGCAGGCGCAGAAGGGCCAGAACAAAAAGCUUUAGGCUUGGUGGACGAACUUGACGAUCCCAGUCCGGGGCAUCUGAGCGACCAUCCGCAGCCUUUGACUGCAACGACUACGGUCACCUCAAAACCUCUUUUUGGGAGCUUAGAACAGCGGUUUGUGCGGGCGAAGAUCGAAACAAGCGGCGAAGGCGAGAAAAUCCGGACAAAUGAGAGCAAGCCGGAUGAUAAUGAUAAUAAAGCAGAUGGGGCGUAG